AUGUCCGCAAUCCGUAUCUUCAACAACAUCCCCCACAUCGUCCGCGGUGGAAUGCACGACGAAAAAGCCUCGAAAUCUUCCAUCCAUUUCUGGAGAUGUGGUGUGAGAUUUUGGAUCGACGUCUCAGGCCAAGAUAUCCUAGGAACUUCAUUCCAUGAAAAAUGGAAACCACUGAUUCGAGAAGAAGACUACAAAAAGGUGUCCUUGAAGGAAUCCACAGAAAACAAAUGGCAUCCACUCUGCGAUCUGAUAAUCUCCACAUCGAUGGAACUUUUGCGAGAAUUGGCGCCGGCCGAGAAGGAAUAUUGGAGUAGUCUUGAUGAUUAUUUGCAUUGUCCGGGCUAUAAAUUGAGGAUCAAAGCGGUUUCUGGGAAAGAUGCGGUCGAAGUCGAAGUAGCCGAAGGUCCGAAGUUGACAGGUGCAUAUAACAUGGCACCGGCUCCAUUCGAAGACUAUCAUGCUGGAUCGAACGAUCUUCCAACAUUUUGUAGUACUGAUCUCGUGGUGCUCGAUAAAGAGCAAGAUUGGCGACAGCCUCCUCAGAAAGUCCAGGCACCGGAUGGCAAGAUUUAUUUUUUCAAGGCUUGUGAGCAGAGUGCUAUGCACAUGCCAGAUCAGAAGGUCGUGAAUCACUCGCUUGACGCUAUCGCAGCGCAUUUGAGUAUUUAUGAGCUUAUGCUGGCGCAAGACUUCGAGCCUUUGCAAGGUGUCCUCACUUUCCAAGGUCUUGUGACGUGCGAUUGUGUUGAUGUUGGAAAGCAUGAGGUGGAGAUGGGAAAAGCUGGAAUCGCUGGGAUUCUGCUACCUUGGACUGCGAAAGGUCGGACUCUGUUUGAGAUUUGUCGAGAUGCGGAUGAUACUGGCAAGGCUAGGAUUCUUGCAGUGAAGGAUGAUUGGAAGAUGCAGGUCGAGAUGGCUGUGGGUGGUCUUCAUGAGAGGGGUGUUUUUCUGGGAGGCCGAAAGGACUGGGCUUACUUGAACUAUCAUACUGUGAUGAUCGAUGCGGAUGAUCGAGCUUGGCUGACAGCUGGUCUUCUAUCGGUGGCUGAAGAUGCGAAGCAAGCGGCGAGGGAAGGCUGCGAGCAAGAUGUCAGAGCAGUGAACCAAUUGUUCGAGGAGUGGUUGCCGGCUCAGGUGUCAUGA